AUGGCGGAUCCAAUCCCUAUCCCCAAACCCCAUUUACAGAUCCAACCAAAACCAGUCAAAAAAGGUAACUCUUGUUCAGAUUUCGUAAUAAAGUUUCUAUUUUUAGCAAUUUUUGUCGUUGUUCUUCCACUUUUUCCCUCACAAGCUCCUGAGUUUUUGAACCAAACCAUACUCACCAAGCUUUGGGAGCUUCUUCAUCUUCUGUUCAUUGGCAUUGUUGUUGCUUAUGGUCUUUUUAGUAGAAGAAAUGCUGAAUUAGAAACUAAUUUAGAAACUCAACCUAGUGGUGAUAGUAGUAAUAGUAAUAAUUCUACAACACCUAGUUAUGUUUCCAAGUUUUUUCCUGCUUCAACUAUUUUUGGUGAUGAGUCUGAAAUUGAAAAUGGAUUUGAUGAGAAUAAGAUGAUGCAUUGGAAUAAUUCUCAGUAUUUUGAGGGUAAUACUAAUAGUACUGUCGGUGUUUUUGAUGAACAGUACAAAACUCAAAAAUUGUCUAAUUCUGAGGAUAGUUUCGGUUAUUCGGUUCGAUUUGAUGAUAGAUUUGAUGAUGGAAGUGGAACCAAUGUGGUUCAAUCUUGGAAUUCUGAGUAUUAUUAUAGUGAGCCUGUUGUUGUUGCUCAACCUUACUAUGAUAAUGGUCAAUCUGGUGAGGUUGUUGGUCAUAAGCCUCUUGGAUUACCGGUUCGAAGUUUGAAAUUGGUUGAAAGAGAAGUGGAUGGUUUAAGGUAUGUCGAUGAGAAUGCGAGUGAUUUGAGUUUAGGUUUGAUGCGUUCUUCGAAGAGGCUAGAUAUGAGUGAAGACAGGGAAUUUGGGGUUAUGGAUCCUACUAAUUUGGAGAAAGAAUUUAAUGAUGCUGCUGUUGGUGGUGUUGGUGAUGGAAUAGUUUCGCCUAUUGAUUGGAAUUCGAGGUUUGGAAGGAUGGAAAGGGAGAAAGUUUAUGGCAAUGUUAAUGGUUCUUCGCAGUUUAGUUCUGUUUCGGUUGAUGAGACUAAAUUUGAUGGACUUGGAUCGAACUCUUUACAAUCUACAGCGUCUUUCUUUACUCAUGCCGGGAUGUAUUCUUCGUUUGAAUCGAUUGCGUCAGAUAAUGUGAACUUUCAACAGGAAGAAAUGUCACGAAAGGAGUCUUCGUUUGUGCAUGCUUCAGAAAUGAAGAAUUUUCAAGACAAAGAGGUGAGACGGAGGAAGACUUCCUUUGUACCUGCUCCGGAAAACAUGAUUUUCGAAGAGGACGAAAUGACACGAAAGGAGUCUUCGUUUGUGCAUGCUUCGGAAAUGAAGAGUUUUCAAGACAAAGACGGGAGACAAAGGAAGACUUCCUUUGUGCCUGCUCCGGAAAAUAUGAUUUUUGAAGAGGAAGAUGUGGAACAAAGGAUUCAAAGAAGAGAUUUGGGAAAGAAGAUUUCCGAGGGCCGUUCUUUGAGAAACAGAAGGAUGGCGACAAAAGGGAAACAUGCUGAUGGUGUUUAUCCUGUAAAUUUCAGGACUAAGUCUGCCGAUGAAACUCAAUUUGAAUCGCAUAGUUCGCAGUCUGCAGGAAUGUAUUCUUCCGUGAAUUCAAUUUCUUCGGACACUAUAGACUUCCAAGAGGAAGAUAUUAAGGCACAAAAAGAGAGUUUCCCUUUGCAUACUUCAGAAAAUAUGGAUUCCCGAGAAGAAGAUAUGGAGCAGAAGAACACUUCGUAUGUGCAUGCGACCGAAAAUGUGGAUUUCCAUGUGGAAGAUUUAGGACAAAAGAAGAAUUCCUUUGUGCCUGUUUCUGAAGAUAUGAAUUUCGAGGAAAUGGAUUUGGUGAAGAUGAUUUCGCAGGUGUCUUCGAGAAACGAGACGAUGGAAACUAGAGGGAGAUAUGCUGCUGUUCCUCAUCCUUCGCAUUUUAGGCCAAUAUCUGUCGAUGAAAUUCAGCUUGAAUCACGUAGUUCACGGUCUUUGCAAUCUAUGGGAUCUUUCUCAUCUCAUACGAGUAACACGAGUAUGCGUUCUUCCUUAGAUUCAGUUUCAUCAGAGAAUAUGAACUUGCCGCAGGAAGGUUUAGGGGAAAAGAAGAGCUUGCAUGGAUCUUCUUCGUCUUCUUCUUCUUCAAGUUCGCCAUCAUCUUCGGCUAGAAGAAACGGAGAAACUUCAUUGCAACCAUUUGAAGAUCGUGGAUAUAGUAUCAACGGCUUGCUUCAUGAUGACUUGAAGAGUAAAGGUGGAAUUGUUGGUGAGGAUCCACCUCGCUACGAAGAGUCAGUGAUGCAGGGUUUGAACUCGGACUCAGACAACAAGCCUACAAGCUUAGCAAAAGCUCUAGCGAAGGGGAAAUCGGUUAGAACAAGAAGAGUCAGUGGAUUGACUUCCGAAACAAAAAAAAUCGAUGAAAUAUCUAGCAAGCAAGCUAAUGAUGAUAAGGUUGUUGUAAAGAAGCCGAAAAGUAGAGAACCUGAUUCGAUAUUAAAAGGGAUCAGUAAGAAUACUCUCGAUUGCUAUUUUCCUAACCAUAACGAGGGUACGUUUUCGAGCCAUCGUAAGAGAGAUAAACCAGAACCAUCGAAGAAUGUGAAUAAAGAAGACUCUGAUAACAAACUCGAGAGCAUCCAGGGUAGCUCGGACGAUGAUAGGGUGUCCGAAUAUGUGAAUGAUUCAGGAUUGGACUCUGAGGUUGAUAAGAAAGCUAGUGAAUUUAUAGCCAAGUUCAAAGCUCAGAUUCGGCUGCAGAAAACUGUAUCAAUUGAAAGAUCAAAAGGUCAAAAAAUGUUUGGAGACAACAAUGUUAGGUGA